UUCGGUGAGAACGGGACAGUAAAGAGACAGACAGCACAGGAGCGCACAGCAGCAGCACUGGGCGCUUUAACCAGAUAUUCCUACAGCAGUAUUUACUGUUUGUACUACAGUAGCUACUUGUAGGGAUAUUAUAAGUUAUGCAUUAUUAAUAGGCUAGUGCGUAAAGACAUGAGCACCAGAAACAGAUCCCCACCGGACUGAUCAAUAACGUAUCCUCUUUCAACAGGACCACCGGCUUUAAACCUGGACGUGCAUUUAACAAACAAACCCUAAACAAGUGGAUUUCUACUAUAGUAUAUCCUGCUGUUGUAGGAAGAAUCGGAUGCUUUGAUUCGCUGUGUGAAGUGUUGAGCAUCAGCGUCAGUGGACUUCAUCCUCUUCCUCAGUCUCUGGAUCCGGACACAAUGGAUCUGACAGCGGUCGCGCUGCUCGUGUCGCUCGUCUCCGUGUCUCUGUCUGCGGAUAACGCGGGCGGUAAAGCGCGGAGCUGCGCGGACGUGCGCAACUUCUACAGCGGCAAAGGCUUCACGUUAAACGGCGUCCCGCAGUCCGAGAUAUCAGGCGAGCAUCUCCGCAUCUGCCCGCAAGGUUACACCUGCUGCACCAGUGCCAUGGAGGAGACGCUGUCGAAUCUAAGCCGCAGAGAGUUCGAAGGCCUGGUGAGGGAAGCAGGACGUUCCAUUCAAGCCUCGCUAAAUGCCCAAUACAGGACCUUUGACACAUACUUUCUGGAACUUCUAAAUGGCUCUGAACGGUGGUUGGAGGAGGCGUUUGUGGCCGCUCUGGGGGAGUUGUACCGACCUAAUGCAGGAGUGUUCCGGGACCUCUACGCCGACCUGCGUCGAUAUUACAGUGGUGCCGCCCUGAACCUUGAGGAGAUCUUGGACGAGUUCUGGAUGAAGCUCCUGGAGCGCCUUUUGAAGGCGUCUGACCCUGAGACCGCCUCGCUGCUCUCUGACGACUUCCUGGAGUGUGCCUCCAAGCAGACAGAGACCCUUCGUCCUUUUGGAGAUGCCCCACGUGAACUGAAGGCCAAGCUGGUGCGGGCAUUCAUCGCUGCUCGGGCAUUUGUCCAGGGCCUUAAUGUGGCUGGAGAGAUUGUACGGAAGGUGUCUCAGGUUCCUCUGAGCCCAGAGUGCAAUCGUGCCAUUAUGAAGCUGGUGUACUGUCCUCAUUGCCGAGGUCUGGGAUCGGUCAAACCUUGCAUCAACUACUGCAAGAACGUCAUGAAGGGCUGCCUGGCUAAUCAGGCUGAUCUAGACACUGAGUGGCAGAGCCUUAUAGAAACCAUGCUACAGGUGGCCUCCAGUUUUGGUGCCGAGCCCAGUAUGGACACGGUGAUCUAUUCAAUUCCCGUGCGAAUCUCAGAGGCAGUUCUCGCCAUGCAGGAGAACAUGGAGAUCUAUACCAGCAAGGUUUUCAAGACCUGUGGGGACCGUGGUGAGGAAGGCACACCAAGCUCAAUAUCUGAGGUGCCAAAGAAGAAAGGAAGUACAGUUACUGCCCUGGAAUACAAACCCAGCCCCAAAUCUGCAGCCAGACUGGAGGUGCAGGUCACAGACGUGUCCAGCAAACUCAAGGAAAUGCAAUUUUACUGGAUCCAACUCCCUUCGGCUCUGUGCAGCGGUAAAACGGCAUCCACAACCGGCGCUGAUAAAUGCUGGAAUGGCAUCACCAAAGCCAGUUACCUCCCAGAGGUCAUGGGUGAUGGGCUGGCCAAUCAGAUUAAUAACCCAGAGGUGGAGAUCGACAUCACCAAGCCUGACAGGACUAUUCGUCAACAGAUCAUGCUGCUGAAGAUCAUGUCUAACCGCCUGAAAAAUGCCCUCAGCGGCAACGACGUGGAUUUCCAAGACACAAGUGAUGAUUUCAGUGGUUCAGGAAGCGGCAUGUGUGCGGACCACCUGUGCAUCCGAGGUAGACCUCCGGUUUUUGGGCCGAAGACGGACAGGCCCAAACUCUAUGCCUAUAAUCCUGAAAACAAAAGAGUCAAAGGAUCCGGAAACCAGAUUCAACCCUCCGUCAUCUUACUGUUUCUGUUACUCGCGAGUCUACUGCUCAGGCGAUAAUGGAGACGCUAAAUCGAACUUUGGGAUCUGGGUCAGGAAAUUUGGGAUAGGACAAGGAAUGUAAAAAAAAAAAAAAAGAAUAGUGAAAAUGAGAAAA